AAUCAAACUUCCUUCAUUUUAGAAUUAUCAGGCUUAUAAUUUAAUAAUAUUUGCUGAUAAUUAAAUGAGCUUAAGGACCCGUUAAUUUACAAACAUUUCAGCGUGUAUGUUUUAUGAAUUCUUUAAACAAUCAUUAAAUGCCAAAACAAAAUUAAGUCAACAAGUUCAUGUCACCUGAAAAGGUCUUAACUGACUUAACUCACAUGGUUUAAAUUCGUGACUGGCAUUUUGUGCAAUGUGAUUGAAUUGUUGACAUUUGCUUUACACUUUAAUUGAGGACUUAGUUCGGUGUAACAAUGGAAGAUGUAGAUCCUUUAGGAACACGACCUACAGUUGUGCAAAUAGAAGAUCUCACUCGAUGGAACCUUACAGCUUUGUUAGAAACAAGAGAAAAUGAUAAUAACUCUGAAGAUUUUCAUCCUUUUCCUUGGAGAAAUGACUUAAACGCUAAAAUUAUUUUAUGGUGUGGUGACGUAACAACAUUAGAUGUACAUGCUCUUGUUCACUCUACAAAUGAGAAACUGAAUGAUAAAAGUAUAGAAACAGAGACAUUGUAUGCCAAGGCUGGACAGGAACUUGUAGAUGAAAUUAGAAAUAAUGUGAGAGUAUGUAAAACAGGAGAAGCUAAGUUAACCAAAGGCCACAAACUUCUUGCCCGAUAUGUCUUACACACUGUUGGACCUCGCUAUAAUGUAAAAUAUAUCACUGCUGCUGAGAGCGCCCUCUUUAGUUGUUACAGAAAUGUCAUGCAAUUGGUCAGAGAGAAUUCUAUAAAGUCUGUAGCGCUGUACCCAAUACAUUCAACAAAAAGAAGUUACCCUGUUAAAGAAGGAGCACAUCUAGCUAUUAGAACAAUAAGAAGAUUCUUAGAGAAAUAUGGAGAUGACAUAGAGACAAUUAUAUUUUGUUGUAAUGAAGAGUCAAUUGAUGCCUAUUUGAAAAUUUUACCCUUGUAUUUUCCUCGAAAUGAAACUGAGGAAAAAAUAGCAGUAACAGAAUUGCCCCUAGAUAUAGGGAAUGAGGAUGGAGAACCAGUUAUACCAGAGAGACAGAUUAGAAUUAUGGAUAAACCUACACUGGCAGCCAUGAGGAAAAGUUCUCUAGACGGGUUUGAAGAAACAGUAGAUUUAAACAAAGAAUUUGCAACUUCUACUAUUGUUGAGGUUGGUAGGCAUCCAUUUGCUAAGAUGGAAGAAAAUCCUGACACUCAUAAAAAGACACAUAUGUAUGGUAAAACAACAGAUGAACAGAGGGUACAGGACAAUAAAAGGAGGUAUGAGAGAUACCUAAAGCGAGCUAAGACUGAAGAUUUAACAGACAUUGCCGCACUAAAGUGUUUAUACAGGACUGGUACUGAUAAGUUUGGGAGACCAGUCAUAGUUUUUGUGGGGAAAUUAUUUCCUGUUAAUACUGUAGACUUAGACAAGGCAUUCCUCUAUUUGAUACGAGUGUUAGAGCCGAUUGCUGAAAAAGAUUAUGUUGUUGUUUAUUUUCACACUCAGUCUACGGCAGAAAAUCAUCCAACCAUGAAUUAUCUCAAAAACGCAUAUUGUGUACUGGAUGAAAAAUAUAAAAAGAAUUUAAAAGCUUUUUACGUGGUUCAUCCAACAUGGUGGUCAAAGCUGACAACAUGGUAUUUCACAACUUUCACAGCGUCAGAUCUCAAAAAUAAAGUAUAUAACCUGAAAGGUGUUCAGUAUUUGUAUGGUACAAUUUCUCCUGAUCAACUUGAUGUACCAUCAUUUGUUAUAAACUAUGACACUGAGAUUAACGGAUUUAGAUAUUAUGUUCCGCCUGAGCAAGAAGAAGCGGCUGGACUGUGACGAAAGCUUUUAGACUUAGAUAGAAAGCACACUGUUAUAUUGUUUUGGAGUAUAUAAGUACAUUUUGGCUUGACUAAGAUAGAAAGCAAACUGUUAUAUUAUUUUUUGGAGUAUAUUAGUACAUUUUGACUUCAAUAUUUUUGAGAGAUUUUUUAAUAUCUGUGAUAUUACAUAUGAUGAUCCUUUAUUUAGCAUAUUUGUAAGAAAUAGGGUAAUUUUCAACCUUCAAUGUUUAUAGUUAUUGCUUCUUUGCAAAUUUUCUUUCCUCUUUACUCUUGGUUGACCUUGAGUUUCAGUUUUACUGAGUGUGAUGUUGUAAGUUAACUCUUCAGAUAUCGAUAGAAAUCUGCCGACAACCAGUCACUUGAGAGUGAGAUUGAAAUUUUCCAACUUUGGAAAAUAAAUUUUCAAAUUUCUGAUCCCCCACUUAUUGGCCACAUAAUUAUAAUACAUAUAGCCUUCUAGUCAAUGGCCUAGUGCAUAUACAGCUAAUUUCAAUGGUAGAGUCUUUUGUUUGAUGUAACCAUAGAGUGACACAAAACUGUCAUUGAGAUUAUGUAUUAGGCAAUACAUACAUGUAUGUAAAAGAAUUAUAUAAAAGUUAUAAAAAAAAGUAUUUACAAGUGAUAUUUUAUAUGUGUAUAGUUGUUGAUUUGAUGACAACAAAAUAAAAUCAUAUUCUGAUCAGUAUUAUAGCUAGAAUAAAAGGACACAUAGUAACGUUAACACAGUUUCUAGUCUGAUAAGCCAAACUUAAUCAUUUUUUGAAGAUACAAAUUUGAAAUAAUUCAAUAGAUUUAUUUAUUUUUGUUUGAUUUAUUCAUAAAGAUAUUUUUAUAAUAAUAAUUUGCAACUCAUUGAAAAUCUUGAAUAACAACUUUAAAUAUAUAAAUGUAAUUGUUUUUUUGUUAAUGUAUGAUAAAUGUACCAACUUGAAGAUUGAAAGAAGAAAAUCUGAUGAUUGAGUGGGUUGAUGUAUAAACAGGUUAUUUAUUUAUAAUAAACGUAUUUUUGUAUUCUGUAUUGCUGUAUAGAUUUUUUUCUAAAUAUCAUAUGAACUUUAUAUGAGGACAAGAAUGAGGUAUGGUACCACAAGACGAAUGACGGUAAUAUUUGUUAAACUAAUGAUAACGAUUAACGUUUUACUCCAUUUGACACUAACAGUAGCUUCAAAAUGAGAUUAGAAAAAUGAUGACAAAAAAAGUCUCAUUUCACAAAUUCACACUAAAGGUAGUAAAAAACAUAGGCUUGACCCUAAAGGGCAUUCCUAUCCUCAUAUAUAUGUGAUUUUUUUUCUAUAUACCAUAUGAAUAUGUCAAUUUCUUUUACAAUGGAGUUGAAUAUAUUUUUUUAUUUUCUUAGUACAGAUGUGUGGUUUUUUUUAUAGAAUUCAUAUUGAAUUAAAAUGUUAUGCUUUAUACUUUGAAUAAUACAUGUAUGGAUAUCUAAAAGUUAGAGAGGCCGCAAUAUAUGAAAGGAAAGUAGAAAAUAUUUAGAUAUAUUUAUAUUGCUUUAUAAGUGCGACUGUGUCUCGGUACAAAAUUUUGAAUUGUUGUUGUCACCAUAUGGGAUUCAUAGUAAACUAUUUUGUUAAACUGUGAAAAUGACUUGUGUUGUUUAUAAUUUAUUCAUGGUGGGAUUUAAUUAAUGGUAAUUUUUUUUUUAUAAAGGAAAAGGUAUGAUAAAGACACUUUUUCUGCCCCCUUAAAUUCCAAAAUCAAAAGUAUUAUAAAUCCUUUAAAUGUUCAUAUUAAACUUUAGUCUGACAUCAGUUUUAAUAUUUUAUUUUAGUUUGUCUUACAUAUUAGCUUUAGGGCUUUAAACUUGCAUUUUAGUGCAAAACACCAAAAGCUGAAGUAUAACUUUGUGUUGUCAUUGAUUUAAAGUUAUGAGCAGCAGCUUUUCCCAAGAAGAUGUUGCUUUGAAAUGUGUUUUACAAUGAUUAUAAUAUGUUUUAAAACAAAUUUACAGUCAAGCUCAUAAAUAUUUUAACCAAGAUUAUAUCAGAAAUGAUUUUUUUUUGUCAAAUAUAUAUAAUUUUCUUCAUGUUUAUGACAUUGAUGUCAUAGUGACAUUACAAGUAACCUUUUUGUUUUCAGAUUAUAAUAACCUGUUUAUUUAUCAAUAAAAUUAACCAAAUUUUGAAAGGCUUGAAUAAGUUAACUAUUUUUACAAUUUAAGGGGCCAAAUAAAGGCUCUUAAUUAUCGUACCUCCUUCUUUAACAUCUGUGAAAUAUUUUGUAUGUAAAUUUUGUUACAUAAAACAUAUACCAGAUUUUUUUUAAUUUGUUAUGAACAAAUUUGUCACAAAUUAAAAUAUUGAAACAAG